UAUUUUCUUUUAGAUUUUGUACCAAUUUGGAUCCAUAAUCUGAGGAUCUGGCUGGACCUGAACUAUCUGCAGAUUCGGAUUUUUGCUCUGAUGGAUGAGCCUAUAUUAGAUGCCAUUUGUGAGAGACUAAGACAAAAGACACACAUUAAAGGAAGUAAAAUUCUAAGUCAUGGUUGUCUAGUAGAAAAGAUGGUAUUCGUGGUGCGUGGUAAAUUGGAGAGCAUUGGAGAAGAUGGAACCAGAAUUCCUCUAUCUGAAGGGGAUGCAUGUGGUGAGGAACUUCUGACAUGGUAUCUUGAACAUUCUUCAGUCAGCACAGAUGGUAGAAAAGUAAGGCUUCCAGGACAGAGAUUGGUCAGCAACAGGACAGUAAGGUGCUUAACAAAUGUGGAGUCAUUUGCACUCUCUGCUUCCGACCUUGAAGAAGUCACAAUCCUUUUCACAAGAUUCUUGCGGAGCCCAUGCGUCCAAGUAGCCCUAAGGUAUGAGUCACCUUAUUGGAGAUCCCUUGCUGCGACCCGCAUUCAAGUUGCAUGGAGAUACAGGAAGAAACGGCUAAGUCGUGUUAAUUCCACACCAUCAGAUUGAACAUUGAGGUUUUGGGUUCCACUUUUCAUACAGUUUUUAUGAUCUCCAAUCCAAUAUAGUAGUUUCACUAGGUUGUUACCUCAUACAGGGGCGUCAUUUUUUAUCAAAGCAACCAAAUUGUAAAUUAAUUUCACCUCCAAGUUUAUUGUGUAUACACUCAAAACAUUCUAUUUUGAGAAUAGAAAUGUGUUAUGUGCAAACGAGGAUGAUGCUAUAGUGGAGAGAAAGUUUGUUGAACAAGCAACACGCAUCAGAAGAAAAAAAAAGUACAAGUGCGCAAGAGUUCACGAGGGAGAAUGAUAAUAAUGAUGGGUGGAAGAAGCAAAAACUAUUAUUAAAUUGGAU